AUGCGGAAGGCGUGCCAGCUUGGCUUGUGCGUUCUGGUUGGAGAUGGCGUUCACGAUCUCCAACCGAGCACUACAAAUAAAACGGGCCAACUCUACAUAAUACGUGGAGUGAUGCCUAACUCCGUGGAUUUCCGAUUACUAUAUGCCAUAUGUGCAAGAAGCAUGGGAGGAUCGGAGCGACUGAGAAUUCUGCUGGACUAUGAGAAGGCCGCCAUUACUGCGGCUAAGAGGUGCUUCCCAAGCGCAUCGGUGCAGGGUUGCGCUUUCCAUCUGGCCCAGGCCUGGAAUAGGAAAAGAGAUGCGCUUGGGUUACACAUCAGGCUUAAAGGACGCUACGGUGAGUUGAUGGAACAAAUGGAACGUCAAGGAGCUGUGCACCACUAA